AUGGGGGCUGAACAGUCCUCAAAUGCGGGAUCGCGCCGCACCGACACUGAGACCACCCAAAGAACAUGCUAUUAUGAACUCUUAGAAGUUGAAAGGACUGCCACUGAUAUUGAAAUAAAGAAGGCAUAUCGCAAGAAGGCCCUGGAAUUGCACCCAGAUCGCAACUUCAACAACGUUGAAGCGGCCACGAAGAAGUUUGCCGAAGUUCAAGCUGCAUAUGACAUCCUGUCCGACCCUCAGGAAAGAGCCUGGUACGACUCACAUCGUGACAGCAUCCUCAGCGGCCAGGACGAUUCACAGGACGCCUCUGCGCCUCCGACAUUUCACAAUGUCCGCCUUACCACGGCGGACGACAUCAUGCGUCUCAUCUCUCGCUUCAACGUCACCGUCGUUCCCUACACUGAUGACGCCAACGGCUUCUUCACCAUCACGAGAGAGACGUUUGAGCACCUCGCUGAAGAGGAAGAGGCUGCUGCCGACUACGAUGGCACCGAGUGUCCCGAGUACCCUACCUUUGGCUCAGCCGACGAUGAGUUCGAUAGCACUGUGAAGCCGUUUUAUAAUGCCUGGACCGGCUUCAGCACGAAGAAAUCAUUCAUGUGGCAGGAUAAGUUCCGCCUCUCAGAUGCUCCGGAUCGCAGGACCAGGCGAUGGAUGGAGAAGGAAAACAAAAAGAUUCGAGACGACGCAAUCAAGGAGUUCAACGACGCUGUCCGAUUCCUCGUCUCGUUCGUCAAGAAGCGAGACCCGCGCUACGUUCCCAACAACCAAAGCGAGGCAGAUCGCCACAAGUCGCUUCGGACCGCUGCUGUUGCGCAAGCUGCGCGAUCACGAGCCGCAAACAAGGAUGUGCAUUCGUCAUUCGAAGUGCCGGACUGGGUGCUGCCCAAGGAAGACGGGAAAGAAGAGGACCAGCCGUCAGAGUCUGAGGAGUCUGAAACCGAGAUCCUGGAAUGCGUGGUGUGCAAUAAACGGUUCAAGAGCGAGAAGCAGUUCGAAUCCCAUGAGCGCAGCAAAAAGCACAUCAAGGCUGUUCAGGACCUACGGCGCCAGUUGAAGAAGGAGACAGCAAAUCUCGACCUGGAGGCAACGACUUCGGAUGCGGAAGCUUCACGGGAUGCAGAAGCUACAAACGUAGGGCCUGAGAUUUCACCUUCUCUGCCUGAGGAGAAGCCGGAUGAAUUGGGACAAGCGAACACGCAAGGGCAGGAAGCAGUCACUGAAGAUGAAGCAUCAGCGCCCAAAGGUGUAUCAGAAGCAGGUGAAGAAGCAAGUCACGACGACAAGCUCGACGAAUCAUUUGACAAGCUGAAUCUGAGAUCGACGAGUGAAGGCGACUCAAUACGCGUCGAUCUUGAUGAGGAGACACAGGGCGAUUCACCAGAGCAACCUCAGGAGGAGCCCUCAGUUGACGACACGAAACCGAAAGUAAAGAUCGGAAAGGCAAAGCUCAAGCGACAAAAGAAAGCUGCGGCCAUGACGGCCGAGAACGAGGUAGGUUUCGUAUUCUCAUAG